AUGCUUGCAGAUUCGGGACUGUUGCGAGACCUACAGCAGUACGCCUUUGACCAUGGUGGCCAACCAACAUGCCUGUAUGGAGAUCCCGCGUACCCACUUAGAGUCCAUCUUCAGGGUCCGUUCCGAUUUGGAGUUUUAACCGAUCAAAUGAAGGCUUACAAUACUGCAAUGAGUGCUGUAAGAUCUUCUGUUGAAUGGCUAUUUGGGGACAUAAUAAACUACUUUAAGUUCUUGGACUUCAAGAAAAAUUUAAAAAUUGGGCUAAGUAGCAUUGGCAAAAUGUAUAUUGUUUCUGCUCUUCUCCAGAAUGCCCUUACCUGUCUUUAUGGCAACGAAACGGCCACCUUUUUUGAUCUUGACCCACCAACACUGGAAGAGUAUUUCUCAUGA